AUGGCCGAUUAUCUCUUUACAUUCUCCGCAUUACUGGCGGUCUUAUUAUGCAUCAUCCCGGGAAUCUUUCAUAUUCAAACACGUAAUUGGGGUGCUAUUUUGAUGACUUUUUGGGUUAUAUUGACGAAUACUAUUUUAUUUAUAAAUUCUAUCCUUUGGGCCGACGAUCUCGAUGACAAGGCUCCCAUCUAUUGUGUAAUUUCUUCUCCGUUAUAUGUUGGUUCAAAUUUUGGUCUAUUGGCUUCAAUUACUUGUAUGAUUUAUACUCUUCAUUCUUAUGUCUCAAACCCUAUCAUCUUGACCGAACGCGUUCGAAAGAGACAAGCUGUGAGGAUUUUAUUGAUCACAAUCCUGGUUCCUGCAAUUUUUGUCGGAUUAUACUUUAUUAUCCAGACAAAUAAAUAUGGAAUUAAACCUAUUUUAGGUUGUUUUUCUCCGGCCCAUUCAGAUAUUUUAUUUUUCUUACUAGAUGGAAUAUGGCCGGUUAUUAUUUCUCUUAUUGGAUGUUAUUAUGCAGCUCGCACUUCCUAUUCAAUUAUCAAAAAACGACUUGAAAUUAAAAGUCUUUUAACUUAUACCGAAUCUGGUCUCAGCACUAAUAAAUUUUACCGCCUUGUACUCUUUUGCGUCACUUUUCUACUUUUCUCAUUUCCUGCUUCUCUUAUAACAUUUUUCAGUAAUGUUGCUAUGGCUGAUGGCAAAAUCGAAUUUAAUUUAUUUGAUAGAAAAUUUAAUACAGUACCAAAAUAUAAUAAUGAUGCUAUGCAUGCUUAUAGAAAGUGGGGAAGAAUGAUUCAUUUGGAUUCAUUUUUUUCAUGUUUUAGAGAGAGACCUGAUGAAUAUAGUCCUACUAGAACAUUAAGAUCUUUUCAAAACAGUUCAUCUCACGCUCCUAAAUCACUAAAUUCUCAAAAACAUUCUAUUGGCGAUGUAAAAAUCCCAUUUCCACGUGAUACUUUUUCGGGACAUGAGAAAUCUCAUAACUUAUUAUUUACUGAUGGUCAUCGUACACCAACUGAACAGGCCCAAUUUGAUUUAACUAGUGGUAUUCACUUUAGUCUUGACGAUAUUUUAUUAGGCUCUCCCACUGAUAGUAUAUAUUACAGUUCAAAAAAACAUAUUUCUAUUUAUCAACCCAAUAUGCAUACAAAAGUGAGUCAUGAAACUUUUGAAGGAAAUACUUCGACACUUGUUACAACUUCAAAUUCUUCUUCAACAAUAACUGAUUCUCAAACCAUCCAAUAUGAUAUAAUACACUCUCCACAUGUGGUGGUUACUCCUUCAACACCUCGAAAUUCUAUUUCAAUAAAUAACUUGCAUAAUGGAAUUAAUGAUUUAUGA